CUUCCACAGUUCACUAAUAUACAAGUCACAGGCAUGUUGUCAGCACUCAAAAUCACCAAAAACGUAAAGUUUAUAAAAUAAUUAAUCUAAUGAAUGUCUUUAAAUACUAUACUACCUCAAAAUCACGACAAAAAACAAAUAAGAAAAAUCAAUAAUUACAUUGAGUUUAGGUUAAGAACAGUUUUGUGUGCCAACCAAAGAUCACGUGAUUUAACUUUGACAGGUCGAUGGAUUCCCUAAUUGCCUGUGUUAAAAUAAGCGGGGUUACGUACUGAGUAGGGAAGGUUAAGUUUCGACCAUAUUUACCGCUUAUAAGCAGUCGUCUCAAUUGCAUACAUUAAGAUUUUUUGGAGAUUUACACCUAAACGUUUAAGAAUGGCUUCGUCGAGUGAUGUUGUGGAAGCAGUUGUAGUGUGUAAAUGUGUAGUAUGUUUUUUAUUAGAUAAACGCUUUAGUUCGCUGAAUUUUGGUGAAAAAUGGAACAUAAUUAAUAAAGCCCAUCUGUAUUUGCCACUGUAUCAACCCCCAAGACUGAAGAAAAGUUUGUGUGGACUAUAGACGACAUUUCAAGUUUGAAACCCGCCGAUAUAGAUGAAGCAACUAUUAGCCAACACGUGUUCGAAGAAGACCCCCAUAUUGAAUCUAUGGCACAGCAAAAAAUCGAUGAAUUCUUUAAUGACAAGGUGAUUGUUCCUAGCCCAAUGGUCGAAGUUGUUAGAGUGCCACUAGUGACUGAUAGUGCAGAAAACUUAUUUAAGUUGACCGAACCUAAGGAAUAUUGUGAUGGUGCGACACAGACUGCUCUCUCUCUACCUCCGGUGUUGCCACCACACAUAGAAGAAAUGCUUAAGCCAUACCUUCUGCCCUCAGAAGCCCAACAAAAGACUGACGAAAACGAUGUUCUUUAUAAGAAUCUUUUUAAUUUCGACACAAAUACUGGAAGUUGUACUGAUAGAGAAGAUUGCCACUCCAUGUUAUCCGGAAAAGGAUUCUCUCCAGUAAAUCCUCCGGUCCUCAUGGAUAGAAAACACUCACUGCCUUUUGAGAUGCCAUAUUUAGCAGACUGUAGCCUGUCUCCUAUAGAUACCAAGUCAUCCGCUAGCCCUAGAGUACUAAGAUCAGCGUGCAGACUGGACUUCUCCAGCAAGAUGAGCCUGGACGCGAGCAUGUUAGUACCAGACGUAAACAAUAUGACUAACAACAGUGUUUUGUUCGAAUCUUCGCAAAAUGCCUACCAUCAUCCCGAACAGUUACCCGAAUCACCUGUGAACUGGGAAAUGGAACACCGUCACAUAUCGUUCGUCUCGCCCAGUAGCAGUCCAGAUUCCGACAAAAUGGAUAUGUCCAAUUCCAACACACCAAACACAGGGUUAUUUACUAGUCAAAGAAAAAGACUCAGCGACAGCUUUAAAGAAGAAGACGAGUGCGACUUCGAUAAGGAAAUGGAAAUGGUUCCUACCAAGGAAAACAGCACCAGGCUCGGUAGGAAGUUGUUCAAGAACGACUUAACCGACAAUGGCUAUCAUACGGAAAGUAUCAACUUGUAUGACGAGUCUAGAAUAAGUUCGCAUAUGUUCGCAUCUACGCCUACGAAAACGCAAAAGAUGUAGUUGAAAACGCUUCAUGUAAUUUCAAUUUCAGAUAGUGAUACUAGAGUUGCUAUAGACAAAUAUAUAGACUGUCAACUUCUUCGCUCUUCUGGACCAUGGUUUCGUCUAUGGUUGUGUUAUUGUUCGCUUCCUCGCUUCUAUACUAUUCUCGUACUACUACUUUUCGGUCUGCGUACUAUGAUAUCUUAACAUUUAUCUAUUCUAUAAGCCAUACCACACAUUUUGGUGAACACAUAUUUUUUUAUUACUUAUUCUUGAUAAUUUAAAACGUUCGUUUGCAUUAUCUCAAACAAAAAUGCUUGUUUAGUAGAUCAACUGCUUCUACCAGCAGCGAAAAUCGUUGACGAGGUAGUAUAUUGUGUAUAGUCUGUCAGUUUCAGAUACGUCGAGUUUUCGGUUCUGUUUUUUGAGUUAUCUUUAUCUUAUUUUUGCGCCUUAGUUUUCUGUUUCUUUGGUUCACAUCAUAAACAGUAUUGAUUAGAGGAAAAGAUAUGCCUCGCUGAAUUUCAUUGCUGAUUAAUAUGAGAGAAUCUCGUAAUGACAUGAUUCGAUAAAAAUAACGUAAGCAAGUUUUGAUAAUUAAAGAACAGCCUUCAUGUUGAAGGUAAUCCAGUACCAUCACCGUUUUUGUUAAGACACUUUGGACGUUUUUCGAUUUCAAUAGCCUCCAGGCGAGAUGGCAUUAUUAACGUUGAAUGUUCGGAUAACAUAGAUAGCAGCAAAUAUUUAUUAAAUAAUUUAGGAAAACUGGUUUAGAGUUUAUGAUAUUAUUAAGAUAAAUCUAACAAAACUACGAUUCUAUCUACGGUGCGUUGUCAUGUUGGAAGAACACUUUUUUUCUUCGUCACAUUCGGUCGUUUUUUCUGCAAUUCGGCAUUGAAUCGGGCUAAUAAUUCGGUAUAGUAGAGCCCUGUGACCGUUUUGCCCUUUUCCAGGAAAUCAAUGUAGAUCACACCUUCUGAAUCCCAGAAAACGGUGGCCAUCGCCUUUGCGGCCGACAGAACAGUCUUCGCCUCUUCGGAGCACGUUCGCGGAUUGUCGUCCACUUUUUCGACUAUUCCUUGGACUCUGGUGUGUAUCUGUGGAUCCAUGUUACGUUGACGUUUAUGAAACAACGUAGAAACUCAUUCAGAUUACGCUUGAACAGCGUCAAACACUGCUCUGAAGUAAUUGGCACGGUUGAGCAAACGCGGCACCCAUCGCAUCAAUAACUUUCUCAUGCCCAAACUUUCAUGCAGGAUAUGAGCCACGCAGUCUUUUGAUAUCUCUCUGUUCAGUCGACGGUUUGCUAAUACGAGAU